UGUGGAACGUUGACGUUUUUGUCGUUUUUUCCGAAUCAAUCAUAACGCUCGUGUUAGAAUUCCAGUUCGCUUCGCAUCGAAGAAAUUUAUAAAUAAAUUAAAGGUCUCUUGUUUGUUUUCAAUUACCAAGUCAAAGCCCUAACGUAAAUUUUAUUAGCAAAAUUUUUUUGAAAUUUGCAUAAUUUACGCAACGAAAGCAGCUGUGUUGUCAAAGCAGCAGCGAAGGAGGCGGUGAAGUGGUGACUGUCAGAAGAAGGUGUAAGAAGGCGGGGUGACCGUCCAACAAAACAGAAGCAGCAGCAGCGCAAAGCGAAAUCAAAGUCUCUGCGUAUAGAAACAAAGUAUCAAAUUGAAAAUCUAUUAAAAAGUGUGUGUAAUUGUUUGUAGUUGAUAAAACUAAAAAGUGUUGAAAUUCUAUAAAUAGUACAAAAUGGCGCGGUUGAAACAUUUCUAAUUUACAUAUCAAUUUAUUUAUAAAAAGAGUGAAAGAUAAUUAGUGAUUUCACAUUUUUUGGUGAAUUCGUUUUGGACACAGUUGCUUUGCGCAUUCCCAAUAAAUCAGAACGUGCAUUAAUUGCGAUAAAUUGUUAUAAAUUCGAAAAAAGUGUGUUGAAUAUUCAAAUCGAAAAUGGCGCGUUUCAGUAAUUUGUUGUUUAAUUUAGAGACUAAACAGUUUAACUGUUACAAAACCGAUCCGAAAAACAAUUAACGUAAAAAUAUAUAUAUCAAUUUUGCCUUAACUACAAAAUAUCGAGAAACUUGCUGUGUGCGUGUGUUUUGUGUGUUUAAACGGGAACAAGGAAGUGCAAUAAGAACAACGAAAGUGCGAAAGGGAUAGAAAACAGUAGAAAGUAUUCACUAUCCACAUACAUUCCACACAUUCCACAUAGAACACUUAAGCUACUCGCAUUCGGUUCUGUGAGAAAAUCGCUUUAUCUCGCUCCCUUCGAUCCGAUUGCAUUUGCCGAAAGUUAAUAAAGGGUCUCAACUGCCUAAUGGCAAGUUCGCUAAACAAGACGAGACACAGGCGCAGAUUGGCUGCGAUCUCGUUUCUAUCGAAUAUCUCAUUAGAUGGCACACACCGGGACACAAAAUUUGGCGCAACAUUUGGCAGCAGCAUCUGCACGCAACACCAGCAGCAGCAUUACAACAACAACAACAAAGGCAACGCAACGGCAGCGUUGGGACUUGGCGCCGGCGGUUAUCACCAGCACUAUCAACGCAAUCAUCAGCAACGCAGCAGCCCUCAACAACACCAACAACAACAGCAGCAGCAGCAGCAACAUCAUCAACAACAGCAACAACAACAUCAGCAAAAUGGCAAAUGCGGCGGCGGCGGCGCUGCAGCGCUGCUUUUGUGCAGCGCAGACAUCCAUAUGGGAGGAGAUGUUGGCGGCGCCGGGCUCUGCUGCGGCUCUGCUGACGAGUGCGGAGCCACAGCGUUGGACGGUGCCAGCGAUGGUGAUGGUUUUAGUGAAAUUGAAAAUCUGGGUCAAUACCUGAUGAAUGUGAGCGAAUUGUCCACCCACAAUGCAUCCAGCAUUGUGCCGGUUGAGAGACGCAACAUUAAGCGACCCACAUCCUGUGGUCGCCAGCAGCAUCAGCAGCAACAGAGGCAUCAGGCACCGGGCAAUGGCAAUAAUAAGCAGACGCCGCAGCGAGGCGGCAGCGGCGGUUCUGGCGCUGAAAGCGGCAGCGAUUCGGACAGCGUCAAGAUACCGCUCAAGGUAUCUAAUUUGGGCAGCGGUGGCGGCGUUGGGGGUGGCUUAAAGCUACUGCCCCUAAGGGAACGCACAUUUAGCAAUGGUGCCGGCGAGCAGAGUUUGCAGCCAGAGAGGCGGGCACGCUUGAACACGGCACCAGGACCGGGUAUGCGCGGAGCGGCUUCGACCAAUUCGGCUAUUAUUGGCAGUGGCGGCCUUAAACGCAACUACAACAUUCGCAGUGGGUCGAGUGCCAGCCAUAUUACGGAUGACAGCAGUACGGAAAGCUUGGCGCCAGCUGGCAACUUUGGUGGCAGCUUUCGCAAUAGUCUGAGUAAAUCCGUGCAGAUUAGCGAUGGACGUAGGGGAAUGGGUCCAGGACUGGGACAGCGGGAGGAGCGCAUGGUGUUGGUAUCGCGCAAGGUGCCAUUUUUGAUAUUUUCCGCAUUGCCCUACUACAAAGGCAAAAACGGACGUGCUGAGUUACGUAAGGAAGAUCGUCGUCGACGCAAUCCAUCAACGUCGCGACCAUUGAGUUCCAUCAAUGAUGCACCCUUCGAUCCCUUCGAUUUGCUGGGCAUACAGAAGGCCGAGAGCGGUCAGGAUAUCUCCUAUGGCCAUCUGUUGAUACCAUCGCGUCAGUAUGAAAAGGAGCGUAAGAAGCACGGCAACGCUUCAACUAAUCCCUCGAUAUUCGAGAAUCAAAUGGAGAUUACGAGCACAGCAGCUCUCAGAAAUCAUGGCAUUGCGAGCACAAAAACCAUAACCAAACGUCAAGGCAAAUGGUGCUUUACGUACGAGAACAACAAUCGCAAUAAUGCAGCGAGUCCUACACCCGAAAUAAAGUUGGACAUGGACAUGGAGAGCAUUAUUCUAACUGGAGAUGGAGCACGCGGUUUGCCGUACCAACAGUAUUCGGCAAGCAUUCUUGAUGAUCCUGAGCUUAUUGCCGGCAAGCAUCGCACUCUGCUGACGUUCACCUCGUACAUGACCUCGGUGAUUGACUAUGUGCGCCCAUCGGAUCUGAAGAAGGAGCUUAACGAUAAAUUUCGCGAGAAGUUUCCCAGCAUACAGUUGACCCUAAGCAAGCUAAGAAGCAUCAAGAGGGAAAUGCGUCGCAUUAACAAGCUGGAUACUCGUAUCGAUCUGGUGACCAUCUCGCAGGCGUAUGUUUACUUUGAGAAACUCAUACUGGCCAAUCUGAUCAACAAGAGCAAUCGCAAGCUGUGUGCUGGCGCCUGCCUGCUGCUCAGUGCCAAAAUGAACGAUGUCAAGGGCGAUGCACUGAAGAGUUUGAUCGAGAAGACGGAGAAUGUGUUUCGCUUGAAUCGCAAGGAGCUCAUCUCGUCCGAAUUUGCAGUGCUCGUUGCUCUCGAGUUUAGUCUGCAUGUGCCAAUGCAUGAGGUGCUGCCGCACUAUCAGCGAUUGCUCUACGAGUCCUAGAGUUGGCCCAGGCGCUGCGCCGAAGGACGUUUGACGGCGGCAGCGCAAGCAGCGGUGGCCCUGGCAGCGGCGACAACGCGCCAUCAUCUGCGUCGCAAGGGCAGUCGCAAGUAGAUGCA